CUCAGAUUUAGGUUUUUUUAACCGUCAUUCGAUCCCACACAUAAAACACAUCAUUCUCUUUUUAUUUUCACCACUUUAAAUAAUCUUAUCAUGUCGACUUCAGACGAUUUUCGCCCACUAGCUCAGCCAUCCGUCAAUACAACCAUUCCUAUGAAAAAAGGUCAACUUGGCUCUCAACCAAAGUUCGCUAUGGAGUACGAUAUCAGUACCAUCAAGCAUGGAUGGUAUGGUACCAUGAUGAACUGUCUUGGUGAUAUUUUUGGUGCACUGGGAUCGAUCCCUUGCUGCGUAUGCUGUCCAAAUCCAUACAAACCUGUAGGUCAAGGAAGUGUCGGUCUGUUGACAAGAUUUGGCAAAUUUUAUAAAUGUGUUGAUCCGGGUCUUGUCAAGAUCAACCCAUUCACAGAAUCAGUGAUACACGUGGAUGUGAAGAUGCAAAUUGCAGAUAUUCCUCAACAAAUUAUCAUGACCAAAGACAACGUGAAUGUCCAGAUCGAUAGCGUACUCUAUUGGCAUAUUGUAGAUCCUUAUCAAGCUCAGUUUGGUGUACAAGAUGUCAAGAAAGCUUUGAUUGAAAGAACACAAACCACAUUGAGACAUAUUCUAGGUGGCAAAGUGCUGCAAGACUGUAUUGAGAACCGCGAAACCAUUGCUCAUGAAAUUCAUGCUGUAACGGCCCGAGUUGCUGCUCAGUGGGGUGUAAAGAUUGAAUCGAUUCUUAUCAAGGAUAUCCAAUUCACCCGCGAUCUUCAAGAAUCGUUAUCCGCCGCCGCUCAAGCGAAACGUAUCGGAGAAAGCAAGAUCAUUUCUGCCAAAGCCGAAGUUGACUCGGCCAAACUGAUGCGAGAAGCCGCCGAUAUCCUGAAUACACCUUCAGCUAUGCAGAUCCGAUACUUGGACACAAUGACCAACUUGGCCAAGGCUCCACAGACCAAGGUGAUCUUUUUACCAUCAGAAUCCUCCGGCAACAAGUCAGGUCAAGCUACUUUUGGCAACCUUCAAGCAGCCAAUUAUGAUUGGAUAUCGCAACAAUAAUCUGUAUUGCCAUGUCGCAUUUCUCCAUCACUUACCAUCGUACUUUUACGCUAUUUUUCACGAUUUAUGUAAUUACUUGAUCCCAGUUACUUAUCGACGCGAUCGCCUAUUAUAGUUUUACC